AUGGCUGCGGGGAAGAAUGUAAUGCCUAGCUGUGGGAGAAAAUCAAAUCUCCCACAGCAGCAACAGCUGCUGCAGGAGGAGGAGGAGGAGGAGGAGGAGGAGGAGGAGGAGGAGGAGGAGGAGGAGGAGGAGGAGGAGGAGGAGGCGGAGGAGGAGGAGGAGGAGGAGGAGGAGGAGGAGUGGGAGGAGGGAGGGGGAUCGUAG